UCUGGCCAAUCGGGAGCUUGCGGGGGCGGGGCUACUGCACAACGGGAUUUCCUGGUCACGAACACAAGGAUGAAUGUGGGCGUGGCUCACAGCGAGGUAAACCCCAACACACGGGUCAUGAACAGCCGGGGCAUCUGGCUGGCCUACCUGCUCUUCGUGGUUGCGCUGCACGUGGUCCUGCUGAGCAUCCCUUUCCUCAGUGUGCCCCAAGUGUGGACCCUGACCAAUGUCAUCCACAAUCUGGUGAUGUACUUAUUCCUACACACUGUGAAGGGCACCCCUUUCGAGACCCCUGACCAGGGAAAGGCACGGCUGCUGACCCACUGGGAGCAAAUGGAUUAUGGCAUCCAGUUCACUUCCUCCCGCAAGUUCCUCACCAUUUCUCCUAUUGUGCUGUACAUCCUGGCCAGUUUCUACACCAAGUAUGAUGCCACACACUUCUUAGUCAACACAAGCUCUCUCCUGAGUGUACUUCUUCCCAAACUCCCACAAUUCCAUGGGGUGCGCAUAUUUGGGAUCAACAAAUACUAAGGGAACCAGGAUUGCAUCAGAAGAGUGGCCUGUUUCUAGACAGGUUGUCUCAGGUCCAGCAUUGUGAGAUGAAGGUGAAGAUGAGGUACAGAUGCUCGGAACUGUUGCACUGGAGAGGUUUUUUGAAAUGUUUCGAUGCCCUAUUUUGGCAAGAAAGCUAAACAAAGGAGAUUUGUUGGAUGAGCUGUACAUUUGGUUUUGUGUGUGUUAUAGUUCACACAACUCAGUGCUGCACCUUUACUUUUCUUCCUGCUGUAGUUUUCCUGGGUUUUCCCUUUGAACAUUUCAUUCUGUGUGUUCAUAUUGAUAUGUUUUUGUCAGUGUCUGUGUCUUACAAGCUGUGGACAACAAGAUCCUGUUUACUAGGCAUUCAGUCAAUGAUAUUUUAUUCAUUUCAAAUACUUGUCAAAAUUGAAAAGUUGAUUAAUACUAAUGCAAAAUUAAGCAGCUUUAAUAACAUCCUGUCCCUUUUUACUUACAUUACAUUCCAGUUUGUUUUUUUUUUUAUUGCCAGCCUUCUGAUUCCUUCAAUAAAUUUGCCUGAUGCAGGUCUCUUGUUCAGAGGAUUUAAGUGAAAUGCUGUAGAAAAACAAUUGUUUUGCUUUCACUUAAAACUGUAGUCAUGGAUGUUAACAAGGUGAUACGAAGUUGCUGUGCUCUGUCUAAUCAGAAUUGUGCCUUUUGUAUAGUUUUAUUUAUUGACAUUUUUUUUUCUUUUUUGUUGGAUUGUGUUGCCUCUUUAGUCGUACCAUGUGGUCUCCUGUUGCUGUAAAUUUCCAUGCCUGUUGUUGUCAGUACACUCUUAAAAAUGGUUUCUCUAGACAGGCAACAGUUUCCCACACAUUCUAGCUGAUAUCCAUGUUUUUCAUGACAGAGGAAGUUAAGAAAUAAGUCCCCUUUUUUGGCAGCAAGUCAGUUGAAAAAUGUUAGAGAGGGAAAAUUUGGGAAAAUUUACAAGUGUAGACAUAGCAGGAUGUUUCCAUGGUUUUAAAAGACCUGGAGAAAACUUUAUUUUUUCCAACUAUAUGAUAUAUUGUGUGAACCAUUGUCCUGAGAAAUAUCAGAUGUCCUUUUAGUCAUGAACUGUAGAGUGAUGUGAAAAACUUCCCUUUGUUGUGAAGGAUGUAAAUUCAUGUCUCAUACUCCAUUCAUACACUCCAGCCAAUGCUGUUGUUAAAGCAGCCUUAUCGAGUAUAAUUUGAUUCACUUUAACCUAUUGAACGAGUGGAGGUGAUAAGCAAUCAGCACUGACUUUGUCAAGAUUUGUAGCUUGCUUGUGUUUUGGUGACAACAGUGGUCAGAUGGUGAAGAUAUUCUUCUAUCAUGACUAAUUUCUAGACAAAUAAAUGUUGAAUAUUGGCAAAAACAUCAUGAUUACCAGCGGGUAUGUAAAGGAUUCAAAUAUGGCACAGUACUUACAGCAAGGCCCUGUUUAAUUGGUUAACUGUCCAUCUGCCCUGCUGGUCUUACCUGUUUGACUUUAUACUUGAGCUGGUACUGUAAGGGUUAUUCAAAUGCCAGGUGGUGUCUGAUAUUCAUAUUCAAUAUUCAUUCACAAUAUGCUAUUUUUGUGUAGGAGAAAAUAUUUUGUUUUUCUUGAAUUUUUUUAAAUGGUUUUUGGUUGCAUCACAUUACUGCAUAUUUUAAGGUUAAAAUCCUCCUUUAUCCCAAUGGCCUUGGGUUGAAAAUGACUUUUAUAUUUUAAAGUUUUUG